ACAUCUUUCACAUUUAUGAGCCCUAAUCCUUCCAUAGAUCAGCCACCUCCAACCCCCACCACCUCCUGUGCCCCUGAUUCCCUCUUCCACCACCACCUAAGCUGCCCCUCCUCUCCUUGCCCCAUCCCCCUCCCUCUCCACCUUUGUCCUUUUCUUCUUCCUUCUUCCUUCGUCCUUUUUCCCUUCCAUUCUUCCUCGGCGCCUGCCUCCAUCACCGCCGCACAGCCGUGCCUCCGUCAGCCACCAUCAACGCCGGCGAAGCUACUAGAAGCUUCCACCACCAUGGCCACUUUCACCUUCUCCAUGUCCCUAUCGUCUUUUCGUUCCUUUGUGCCCAUUUGGCACCACCGUGCUCCCAACCACUGGAGCUUGGGCCUCUUUGACGUCACGGAGCGUAUGAGGUUGCCGCCGCCUCUCAAAUGCUCCGCCGCAGAACCCGACCAGGAAACCAAGGUUCCCGCCACUUCCUCCGGCUCCGGCGAAUGGACUCAUAAGCUGACCGCGUGGAUCGCCGGGAUCGGCUUCCUUGAAACCUCGUACCUUACCUACCUGAAGCUCAUCGGUUCCGAAGCAUUUUGCCCUAUCGGUGGUUCUCCCUGCGGCGACAUACUCAACAGUGAUUACGCGCUUAUUUUCGGUGUUCCUCUUCCUUUGGUUGGGAUGGUGGCGUAUGGCUUGGUUGCGGCGCUUGGUCUGCAAUUGGCCACAAAGAAGAUGUUGCCUUUUGGGAUUGGCAGGUCCAGCUCCCAGCUCAUGGUGUUGGGAACCACUACCUCCAUGGCAGCUGCUAGUGCCUAUUUCUUGUUCAUUCUCAGCACAAAUUUUUCUGGGUCGACUUGCUCAUACUGUUUGCUUUCGGCAUUCUUGUCUUUCAGCGUUGACGGUAGCUGACGGAGGCGCCGUUGUGCGGCGGUGAUGGAGGCAGGGGCCGAGGAAGAAGAAUGGAAGGGAAAUAGGACGAAGAAAUAAGAAAAGGCAGAGAAAUUCGAAACAGGAUUGGGGGAGGUCACAAAAACGGCGUCGUUUUUGUCUCCAGGGACUUAUAUGUCCUGUUACGAGAUGCUCCAUGCCACCUGUCCUCCAUUACAGCCACCUCAGCGCCACCUCUGUCAGCUCAUCUUUUUCCAUUCAGUGCAGACGGCUGAAUUCAACGGAAGGACAUAAAUGUCCACGUUUUUCAAGGGUCUAGGAGUUAAAUGUAUUUUCUAUUCCUUGAGGACGAAAAUGUCCGCGAAAAAAAAGGUCAAGAACGAAAAUGUCCUUUACUCUAAAUUUUAAGAUGGAACGUAAGCCAAAACUUAUCAAAGAAAAAAAGUAAAAAAAAAAAA